AUGGUAUUUGCUGGAGAGAAAAAGAAAAAGCCCUAUUUCGGGUUCACGGGUGGAUGGCUUACUUUCUGGGUUACUGUUGCAUGCGCGACAGACAUGACACUUUUCGGCUACGACCAAGGCGUUUUCAGUGGCGUCGUUAUCACCCAGAACUUCCUCGAACUUCACGAUCUUGUCGGCCCAACCAAGACCAAGACACUGUCUACCGUAACAGCCAUCUAUGAUGUUGGAUGUUUCUUCGGGGCCAUCCUGGCUUUUACUGUAGGUGAGAAACUGGGACGAAAGAAGGCUAUUAUGAUGGGCACAACUAUCAUGGCAGUGGGUGCUAUUCUCCAGGCGACGUCGUUCAGUUUGCCGCAGAUGUUUGUAGGUCGAAUUAUUGUGGGUAUUGGAAAUGGUGUCAACACUGCAACGGCUCCAGUUUGGCAGACAGAGACAUCGCAGCUAAAAUGGCGUGGCAAGUUGGUAAUUAUUGAGAUGAUGAUGAACAUUGCAGGCUAUUGCAUUGUCAAUUGGAUCAAUUAUGGGCUUUCAUUUGCCGGAGGCGCCGUUGCAUGGCGGUUCCCACUUGCAUUCCAAUUCUUCUUUUUCUUCAUACUCUGGUCUACCGUGCCUUGGCUACCAGAAUCUCCCCGUUGGCUUCUUGCUCAUGGACGAGAGGAAGAAGCUGUCGAGGUGAUCAGCUGCCUUGAGGCCAAGGCAAUCGAUGAUCCUUUUGUCAUUGCCCAGCGAAACGAAAUCGACUUUACCAUCCGCUACGAGCGCGAAAAUUCCGUUCGCUGGCGCGAUCUCCUAAAGAAAAGAGAUCAUGACACCAAGACCCUGCGGCGGUUACUUCUCGGUGCUGGCACUCAGUUCAUGCAGCAGUUCGGAGGAAUCAACAUUAUGUCAUACUAUCUUCCAACAGUCCUGGAGAAGUCGGUUGGUCUCAAGGAGAGCACGGCACGGCUGCUGACGGCUUGUAAUGCUAUCUCGUACCUGGUCUUUUCCGGGCUCGCGGUGCUCCUUGUUGAGCGGAUGGGUCGUCGUGGAUUAAUGAUUCUCUCGACAUUUGGCCAGUUUCUGUGUUUCCUAAUCAUUACAAUUCUGCUGCGCUAUGCAGAGACUUCGAGCAACGGCAAGGCCUGGGGAUCAGCAUCGGUUGCAUUUUUCUUCUUGUUCCACGGUAGCUUUGGAAUCGGAAUGUUAGGCAUUCCCUGGCUCUAUCCAACAGAGAUCAAUUCCUUGCCUAUGAGAACAAAGGGUGCUGCAGUCGCGACAGCAACUGAUUGGAUCACAAACUUUGUCAUUGUAGAGAUCACGCCAAUUGGUAUUCAAAAUCUGGGCUGGAGAUUCUGGAUCGUAUGGACAGUGACGAACGCUCUGUUUCUCCCAGUCUUAUACUUCCUAUACCCAGAAACAGCCAAUCGAAGCCUCGAAGAUAUUGACGCAUAUUACCGCUCUAACCCAUCCUUGAUCGUUACCAAAGACGCCGAUGCCAUUUGCCAAAAGCGACCUCAAAAGUAUAUUGAUCGUGAGGAUGAAGAACUUGAGAGAACUACUGCUGGUAAAGGGGCGAGGUUAGUGCCGGCGGAGCACGUCGAGAUGAGCAAAGAUACGUGA